AUGUCAAAUACAUCCAUAGAAACUGGCUCAUCGGUCCAGAUAGAAUCUUCAUCAUCAACAUUAUCGAAAGAAAAGCACAUAACUCACGAAGAGGACAACAAAGACUUUGAAAUCUCAAAAAACCCUCAGUCAAGCAACGUAUCGUCGUUCGAAGUUUCCUUUUCUCUCGAAGGUGAACCAGAUCCAGAAGAUAUAGCGCGUCACUUAUCGACACUCCACAAAUAUUACAUCGCAUGUGUAAUUACAUUCACAUCUUUAGUUAUCACAAUCAUAUCAUCAUGUUGGACUUUUGUUUCACCUAAAGUGAUUGAAAGAUACCAUAUUUCCCACGAAGUCAGUGUUCUAGGUAUUACAUUCUAUAUUUUUGGUCUUGGUUUUGGUCCUUUAUUUCUAUCUCCAAUCAGUGAAUUAUAUGGCCGUAGACUUACGUUUAUUUUUUCCAUGACUUUAAGUAUCAUUUGGCAAUGUCUAACUACUUGGUCUCAUAAUGUCGUUGGAAUGAUGUUUGGUAGAUUUUUAUCAGGAUUUUUCGGAAGUGCAUUUCUAAGUAUUGCUGGUGGUAGUAUUAGUGAUAUUUUCGAUAAAGCCACUAUUACAAUCCCAAUGUCAUUAUACACAUUGAGUUGCUUUUAUGGUCCAGUUUUGGGACCAAUCGUAUCUGGUGCUCUUUAUAGAGAAAAUUAUAGAUGGGUUUUCGCUACUUUACUAAUUGCUUCAGGUGUCUGUUUAGUUUUAAUCAUUUUCACCAUCCCAGAGACUUAUAAGCCAAUUUUAUUAAUUAAAAAGGCUGAGAGGAUGAGGAAGGAGAGAGGUGAUGAGAGAUAUUGUGCACCAUUAGAAAGGACAAGAAAGGAAUCAAGUUUUGUGUCAUCUGUACUAUUAUCAUCCAAAAGACCAUUUUUGUUAUUAUUCCUCGAUCCUAUGAUGGGUGUGUUAUGUUUCUACACAGGUUUAGUAUUAGCUAUUGUCUACUUAUAUUUUGUGGCUUUCCCGUAUAUUUUCAAAAAACUUUACGGAUUCGGUGUUAUGCAAAUUGCUUGUUGUUAUUUAGGUAUGAUGGUUGGUAUGACAUUGGCAGCUCCAACAUCAUUAAUUUUCCAGAAAAGAUAUGAAAUGAACGUUAUCAAGAAUAAUAAUAUUAGAACACCAGAAAUGAGAUUUGAACCGCUAUUCUAUGGUGCAUUCUGUUGUCCAAUUGGGUUAAUGAUUUUCGCCUGGACAUGCUAUCAAAAUGUCCAUUGGAUGGGUCCCAUGAUUGGUAGUGCGAUCUUUGGUUCUGGUGUUUUCUUUGUUUUUGUUGGUGUAUUCAACUAUACAGUCGAUGCUUAUAGAAGAUAUGCCGCUUCAGGAAUGGCUUGUAAUUCAUUUGUUCGUAGUACAAUGAGCGGAAUUUUCCCUUUGUUCGGUUUACAAAUGUAUAAAGGCAUGGGGAUUAACUGGGCAGGAUUCUUAUUGGCUAUGGUUACGAUUUUGAUGAUACCCGUUCCAUUUUUAUUUACCAAGUAUGGUGCUUAUUUAAGGUCUAAGUCACCUUUUGCAUGGGAUGAUUGA